GAAGUAGUGCAGCUGGGCAUAAAGCCUAUUGUUCCCCAGUGAUAGCUGCCUAUUGCUCCGGGUGUGGCUGUGUUUACUAGUCACUGGUGUGAUGGGUUAAAUGCAGAGGUCACAUUUCGAGUACAGAAAUAGUUGACAACCACACAUCACUUUUUCAUAAUAUACACUGUAAUUUCCUUGUAUGAACACCAGGUGGUGCUAGAGAUUUGAUCUGUGUCCAUUCAUUGACAUCUAUGAAUGUCUCAACAUCUACUUUUGGGUUUUACAGAGUACAGAAAAUCUUGCAGGUAUGAAAAGUUAUAUUGAAAGCAAUCUUGGGGAAGGUGACUGGUCUCGGUAAGUCCUUGGUAUCUGUUAACAGUUUGAGUUAGCUAUUUUUUUUCUAAAAUGUAAACUACAUGGACUAAGCAGGAUUAUAUAAAUAAUCCACCAACCAUAAAAAAAACAGGAUCCACUCUUUAAACACUCAGUACAAGAACUAUUACAUCCGAUAGCACUUGUGGUUUACUAAAUACAUAAAAGUUAUUUCAACAAGUUUUUAAGUUCAUUCAUGCAUGCAAUCAAAGUGAUUGUUUCAGCAUCUUAGUGUUGAACGUGCAAGUCAAAUAUUGACAGAAUGUCAGGAGCACCUACAACGUCACUACUGCCAAACUAUCAGCCUAAAACCUCUGUUACUGAAUAACAGGGCUGUUUACCCUCAUGUGAGUUCUCAGAGUUCCGAGAUCAGUUUGAGAGGAGCUAAAACAUUUAUUCUCUUUUUAAUUUGAAGAUUACUCAAUGUGCAAACUGUUUUUUGGGAGACCGGAAAGGAAAUGGAAUAACAUCUGAUAACAGAUGAAGCCUUCGUCAUGUAAAGCUUUCAAUUGUUUUAUAGUCUUUGAUUGUUCAGGUGAUUCUCAGAAAUGAUUUCCUGUUCUUUAUAGGCUGCUGCUGUUGUUAUGGUUGAACAAUUUUGAGAUCCUGCAAUGAGAAAACACAUUAGUCUUUUUUUUUUACAUACUUGCUAUAUUAUGUCUAUUGUAUUUGAUUUCACCUGUUUAUGAAGAUUUAAAAAAUGACACUUUUAUGUACAAUAACUAAGCUUGUUAACUAAGCUUAAGUUAUUGUUUUGGUCUUUCUGACACACAGACAUGUAAAUACCGUACCUGUUUGCUUUGUGCACUUGCUAUUGGUUUAUGUAGAAAAUAGAGUUUUUAAAUGCAAGUAUAGAAAACCAUAUUUAUUGUAAAUGUAAUAAGCUCUUAUUUUACUAGAUUAUAUUUUCAAAUCAUUGUAAACUAUCAUGCAGGAGGGAAGCUGUCCUUUUUAGAAAAACGAAGAUACAUCUGAAUUACAUUUGGUUCUCAUUUGGUUGUUAAAGUACAAUGCAAAAAUUAGUCUGAUCCAUACACUGUAAAAAAAAUUACAUGUUGCACUUUUUUUAAAAUGUAAUCAACUUUAUGACUAGUAGUUGCAUAAAUACAAAAUAAGUUAAAUUAAUUAUUUCCACUUUAUUUUUUAUUUCAACUUUAUCAUUUUUAGCAACUAGUAUUUUUUUUAUUAAUUAUAAAAUUAAAAAUUCAAGUCCAACAAGGAAUGUUACAGUGUAGGAUCUCUGUUGAAGACCUAAAAAUAACCAUAGACAUGCAGUGGAUCAUAACUAAUGCGAUGUAAGCGCAGAUCACCAGGUGAUAUAAUAUAUUUGCAUUUCUGCAUCCACCUGACUGCUGAAGUUUCAGAGGUGUGGCGUUUGUGCUCAUUACACAUUACACAGAGGACACCGAGUCUGUCAAUACUGAAACGACAGGAGUUUUGAAAGAACUUGACUUGAACGUUUUCACUGGAUUUAGUUCAAUAAUCCAAGAGAGAAGACAGGAGGGGAUAGAUGAAUAACAAUACGAUGUAUGCCAAUGCUUCUCAUGUAAACCAUGGGUUUCAACACGAGGAGCGGCGGCCCCCUCCAUAUGCGCCUUCAUCGGGACUCUACCCUGCUUUACCUCAGUACCACGGACACCAAAACGUAGCAUCUCAAUACCAGAUCGCUUCCCCCUCAUACCCUUCAGAGAGAUACCCGACCGCUCAGACUCAGAACCUACAUCAUUACACACCACAAACAGCAUCUGUUAAUACCCAUCACACCACCACACCUGCCUCCCACUAUAGUUCUCCACCUGUUCACAAAGGUUCCAAGAAAAAAACUUGUACGUGUAUAACAAUCGCAAUCAUCACCCUCCUGAUCAUUGCUGGGGUCAUAGCUGCACUGCUCUGGUAUUUUGGUGUAUUCAGCUGUAAUGGACGGCAAUGUAAAGCAGAUAAUAUAUGUGUCAGCCACUCACAAUGGUGCGACGGUGUGCAGGAUUGUCCAUCAGGGGAAGAUGAAGCACAAUGCUUUCGUCUGUACGGAUCGAAUUUCCUUCUUCAGAAGUACUCAAAUGAGAGUCGGAAUUGGGAGCUCGUGUGUUCAGAUGGAUGGAAUGAUGAGCUGGCAAAACAAGCAUGUGAGCAGAUUGGGUACCCCAGAAAUACUUAUGCAGGUUACAGUGUGAUUUCUUCAAGAGCAUCAUCUAACUCUGUGAUGGUGAUGGCAGACUCUCUCAGUUCGAAUCCAAAUAUAACCACACAAAGUUUUCUCACUAAAGGAACAACCUGCGCAUCUAACACAUUAGUGACACUCAAAUGUAUUGAUUGCGGAAAAAACAUCGGGAGCAGAAUUGUGGGCGGCACCACCGUGACGUCAAAGGGGGUGUGGCCAUGGCAGGUCAGUCUGCAGAUAUCCAGGAAUCAUGUGUGUGGAGGAUCUAUUAUAACUCCUUACUGGAUCCUCACUGCAGCACAUUGUGUUGAAAAAUAUUCAAAUCCAAGGCAAUGGACCGUUUUCGCUGGAUAUCUGACUCAAAGUGAGAUGAAGUAUGCAACCGGCAAUUCUGUGAGCCAAAUUGUUAAGAACAAUUUUGACUCGACCACCAAUGAAAAUGAUGUUGCUCUCAUGAAGCUUAACAGUCCACUCAGGAUGACAUCAAACGUCAGGCCAGUGUGUUUGCCUAAUGUAGGCAUGUAUUUCUCUGCACCAAGAAACUGUUAUAUUACAGGAUGGGGAGCGCUGUCUUUUCAAGGAUCUGGAUCAGAGACCCUACAAGAAGCCAAAAUCCAGCUGAUUGACAGGACGACGUGUAACAACUAUCAAGUCUACAAUGGGUUAAUCACAAACACUAUGAUCUGUGCUGGCAAACUGGCGGGUGGAGUGGACUCCUGUCAGGGGGACAGUGGAGGUCCUCUGGUCACACAAGAGAAUUCUCUAUGGUGGCUGGUUGGGGACACUAGCUGGGGUGAAGGAUGUGCUUUCAGAAACAAACCUGGAGUCUAUGGAAAUGUGACCUACUUCCUUGACUGGAUAUAUCAACAAAUGCAGAAAUAUUAAAUAUUUGUCAUAAUAAAGAAGAUUUGACAAGAGCGACUGAUCAAAACCACAGAUUUUGGACUUCUGAGUGUCCAGGAUAUGCAACAUUUCACUGCUUAUUCUUUCUUCUUUUGUAUUAUUUUAUUAUUUUCUUUUACAUUUAUCAAAAAAAAUAGCUAUUUAUUUUCACUAGUGCCAAUAGCGUAGUAAAGUUCACACUAUGUACCUUGUUUUAUCUUAAUGUAUGUUUUUUUAUAUAAAGGACACAAAUGAUUUUAUUUAAAUGUACUGAUGCUUUAUUACAUCACUGACACAUGAC